GGGGCCAAUGACGGCGACACCAUGAUUGUCACGCACACGGGGUGGAGGAGAGCUGUCGGCCGCCUGGGCGGGGAGGAGAGCCCCAAGGAGCUGAAGGAGAGGGUCAUCAUCGGGGUGUACAUGCAGGCCCUGCAGACCCUACACCAGGUGAGAGCGGGGGGAGAUUGAUGCGGUCGGUCGGUCGGUCGGUUCGUGUGUGUGGAUGGGGUGGGAUGCGUGUGUACGUAUUUGUGUCAGAUGGGUAUCAUAGACGACCACCUGAUGCGAUACGGCAGCAUCGCACGCCAGCACUGGGAGAAGAAACGCAGGAAGUAUGGCCAAGCCAUCACUCUGCCACGAAAGGUACGUCGUAGACACGAAGGUCAUCGAAACCCCAUCCCAUCUGCCUUUCAUCCUUUCCGCCUCUCUCUCAGCCUCCGCUUUGCACAUCGUGGCCUGAUGGCAUCCUCCCGCACCACUUCGCCCCCUCCCCACCCCCAGCCCCCUCCUCGCUCCCCUCUCUGCUGCUGCACACGCUGUCAUUCUCGCCACCAGGCAGCCUGCUGCACUUCCCUGACUACGGCGGCCUCAUGGGUCGCUACAGAAUGGCGGAUGGGGUGAAGCACAGGAGAAUUGUCACGCCGGUGGGGAUUGUGAUGGCGGCUGGGCUCGUCGGGGGCGAGAGCAUGGUGCUGGACGGGCUGUUCUACCCGAUGAACAACGAGGCGUUUGGCGUGGAGGUGAGGCGAGAGGCCGAGGUCAGCGUCACGAUAGAGUAAGCGCGGAAGCUGCAGGUGGGUGGGUGGGAUGGUGGGCAUGGAUGUGUGCAUCCGGAUCGGUGCGUGGGUGUCAUUGCAGGUGUGGACCAACAAGAGCUGCCGCCUUCUCGAUGUCAAGAACUUCAUCCAUUGGGGGGGCCAGGGCCAGCAGCACCCGACCAACAUCAACUCACUAAUGGAUGUCGACGCCUCAACCGACCGUGACCCCCAUCUUCCCCCUUUCGCCUUUGCGGCCCCUCUCGACUCAUCUGGCAAGGCCAUCGACUGGCGAUUCGUCGACGCAGCGCUGGAAUACAUCAACAUGUAGGGAAAGAAGCUGCCGUGCGGGUGCUUUUUCUCUACACACACUGCGCCACGUGUGUUGUCAUUCAGGUACGAGAGCCAGACGAGGCGUCAGGGGCGGAUGGCCGUACCCAGCAUGGUGGCGGUGAGGGCGGCGUCCCACGGGCCGGCAGCCGCCAUGCUGGAGGCUCUGGGCUCACGCAAUGGCGAGGAGCAGAUGGCCCUGUCGCCUUCCAAGCGGACCAAAGCCCGGCGCUACAGAUGGCACACGUGGGCGAGGAGGGAGGGAAGGAGAACGUCAGGAGGGAUACAUACCCAUUUGUGUGUUGCUGCGUUGGGUGUGUUGGUGUCUGUCUGUCAGUGUGAGGGGCAUUGUUGAGAACGAGAACGCAUCCACUUUUGCUGUGGAGGAUGGCCAGACGCUGCAGCAGUACUGCGCUCAAUCAUGGUAAGCCGGACGGACACACAGCCAGAGAGUGCCCGCGCUACACGGCUGCGCUGCAGUUGCGUGUUGUGUUUGUGCCUGUGAGCAGCAAGCACAUGACUGAGCGCUUCGAUGCACCGUUCCUCGUAGAGGCAGACCAAUUCAGAGGGGUGGGUGUGGAGAGAAGAGACGCUCGCUCACUCAUAUCUGGUAAUACUUGUGUUGUGUGGUUGCUGACAGGGCACUCGCAGUUUGUUGUAUGAGGAGGAGAAGCUGCGCCCGACAUCACAGCUGCGGAAGGACCGCUACCACCCACCAGAGCUGCUCAAACUCCUGCCACUUACCGCACCCAUGGUAUACACACCGAGAGAGAGAGGAAGAUGGCGAGACGACUCUCCACCCAUUGCUGCCUCUAAUGUCUGCAGGCCGAAUCGCUGACGUGGCUGCCCUCCCUCCUGUACCUGAUAGAAGUGCAGCAGGCCAUACAGGAGUUCCGCCACACCCUGCUCUCACGCCUCAACGACCGACUCAGCUCAGUCGACCAGACCCAGGCAGCGAUCCAUCUCGACUAUGGCCGCCUCGUCGAGGCGUUGACGUGCCCCCUGCUCAACUCGCAGAUUGGGGCGACCAAGGACGUCUUGGUCGACUGGCGGGCUCCCGCUGAUCUGCGCCCGAGUGGGUGUCGGUCAGACUACCAACGACUAGAGGUGCGUGCAGCCGGCUGGCUGGCCUUCUGCUUGUGUUUGUGGUGGUGGUCACGUUGAGAUGGCGUCUGUGUUGUCUUGAGUUGUGUUGAGUGCAGUGGUUGGGGGAUGCCGUGCUGAAGUUCCUUGCCAACCUUGGCGCCUACCACGCGUGCGAGGGCCGCGGGGAGGGGCCCAUGACGUCACUGUCCAGCCAGAUGAAGGCCAACGAAUACCUCCGCAAGUACGUGAGAGCACGGGAAUCUUCGUGCUUGCGUGUGCGUGCAUCUUUCCUGCAUCCAGGAUGUGCAAGGAGCACCGCUUCUACGAGUACACGUGGGCCCAGCCGUUCAGCCGCAGGCGGACAGUCGAGUCUACCCGAGCACAGACCAUCGGCGACAAGACACUCGCCGACAUUGUCGAAUCCAUCAUGGGGGCCAUCUACCUCUCCAACAUACACCACGAUGACACCAAGAUAGAGGUGCGCACACCCCCACCCCCCCUCCACACACACAGAGAGAGAGCAGGUGUCGUAUGGCUGCAUGACUUGCAGGUCGAUGAUGUCGCUAACGAUGCCCCUGACUACCAGCGGGGCGUAACAGCUGUAGCCGCCUUUGUCGACACCUUCCUCCACAUGGACGACAUGCCCUGCCUGCUGCCGCUGCUCUAUGCGCCGACGGCCAACGAUACGGCGAUGGCCAACGGUGCUGGGGAAGCGCGUGAUUUGGGGCCGAUCGAGGCCAUGUGGGGGCGGCAGUUCCACGACCAAGGCCUGCUGAGGAAGGCGCUCACGAGCCGCUCGUGCGUUGGUGCGGGUGUGUCGAGUGCCGCCCAGACGAACGAGGAGCUAGAGUUCGUCGGCGAUGCCGUGCUGGAGGUCCUCGUGUGCCAUCAGAUCUUCUUCGACGACACGCCGGCCGCCCCGUCGGCCGCCGGCGAGCUGAUAUCCGUCGACCCCCUAGAUACGGAAGAAGGUACACCACCCAUACAGGCACACACAUGACGACCAUGGCAAGACGCCCUCUCUCAUCGUGCCUGCCAUGGUGAAUGGGCGUCUGUAGGUCGCCUCACCGAUCGAAAGAAGAGCUUGCUCUCCAACAGACACCUCUGCGAGCGGCUUCUGGCGCGCCUCCGUGACGCACCGUCCGGCCGUCUGUGCAUCAGCGACGUGCUGAGGGUGGGCAAUGCGGCGCAGCGUGAUCAUCUGAGGCAGCUGCAGAUGGACUGGGAGGCGAGGAGGGAGGAUUGGUCAGCGGGGCGUGAGGAGAGUGGCGUGAAGCAUGUGGGGGACCUCUAUGAGGCGCUGGUGGGCGCCACGUAUGUCGAUAGUGGCGGGGACCUGCUGGCCGUCUGGCGGGUGAUAAGUCCCGACACUUGUGUGUGUAGAUAGCCUAGCCCGUGGUCGGUGCGGGACAGGCGGGCAGUCUUGUAAGUAAACGAUUUUCCAUGAGUAAUAUGUAUGUAAUAUGAGGGAGCUCAUGAUAGAGUGUAUGCGCUUGGCCAC